UCUACCCGGCUGCAGACAUUUGCCUUUUAUAUGGAGGGUACCAGUGAAACAAUCCACUCUCUCUGUUUGGAAAAAAAUACUUGCAAGAAAAGAGACUGGGAGCUUCCAGGUGCUUUGCCCCCAGUUAAAAGCCCUUUAAGGAGGUCCUCUUCUUGCCUGGAGUCAGGAGAGCCACUGCCUAGUGAAGUCGAGCACCCUGCCUCUCACAUUCUCCCUCUCCCUCUCUCUCUUUCUUUCUCUCUCUCUCCCUCCUACUUUCCACCCUGUGAGAGUGCACAGAGAUUCAGAAGGUGCGUCUGAAAUCUACUUGUAUCCAGUCUGGAGACAACACCACAAGGACUUUUUUCCCCUUCACUGCGACAAGCACAUGGACUUAAUUUUCUCCAGAGACAGAAGUAAGAACAAGAACCAGAUUGUCACCUGCCAUUGAGAACCAGAACUUUCUCUAGAGUUGUAUUCGUCCUUUCUACUCGUAUGUAAACACUGUUUGACUGCGACCAAGUGCCAAGGCAUUCCCGAGACUUCCCUGUCUGCUGGGUUCCCAUCACAUCUUCUCAAGUUAUUUCUCCAGAGAUGACUGUCUGAAGAGGGAACAGAGAAAAGAAACCACCUGACCUGCAGAAGUUACCUGCCUGAGAAAUUGAGGUGAAACAGAAGGGUGAGUUUGGAAGCUCGUGAUCUGAGAGGCUGAUGACAAUGCUGACAGUGCUGUGUGUCCUGCUAACGCUGGGGAAUCAUGUCCUGGGUGCAGGUUACGCCCCCUUGCCUCAGAUGAAAUACGUGCAGCCCAUGAUGAAGGGGCCUGUUGGGCCACCCUUCAGAGAAGGCAAGGGCCAGUAUCUUGAGUUUCCACCCAUAAUGGACGUAAAAGGAGAACCAGGUCCUCAAGGGAAACCAGGACCAAGGGGACAACCUGGGCCUCCUGGAUUACCAGGGAAACCAGGUAUAGGAAAACCAGGUCUCAAUGGUCAGACAGGUCCUCAAGGCCCUUCAGGAUUCCCUGGGAUUGGAAAACCAGGACUACCAGGUUUACCAGGAAAAUUAGGACCUAAAGGACUUCCAGGACUCAAUGGCGAGGUUGGGCCUCGUGGAGAGCCAGGUUCACGGGGACUUCCAGGUCAGCCAGGACCACCUGGGCCAGCAGGUCUGUCGUUGAAUGGUAAACCAGGUUUACCUGGGACUAGAGGCCUGCCAGGGUCAAGAGGUGAUAUAGGGCCUAAAGGUGGACGUGGUAUUCCUGGUGAACAAGGACUUAAAGGGGAAAAUGGCAAUGGAAAGCCGGGUCCAAUAGGUCCCAGGGGACCCAGUGGGCUUCAAGGACCUCCAGGAGCUCCAGGUGUCCCUGGGUUGGGUAAAUCAGGGAUUGAUGGGCUGCCCGGGCCUGUGGGGCCAAAAGGAGAUAAAGGAGCUACAGGAGAUCAUGGUGUCCCAGGGGAACCUGGUCCCUCUGGGUUACAAGGGCAGCCGGGGGCACCUGGUUUGGGAAACCCUGGACUUGAUGGUGUUCCAGGUAUUCCAGGCUCGUUGGGCCCAAAAGGUGACGCUGGCCCCAGAGGAACUCCUGGCUUUCCUGGACCCCCUGGCUAUGGUAAACCAGGGCUUGUAGGACAAAAAGGAGACAGAGGGCCUGGUGGAUUACAAGGAGCCCCUGGUGACAAAGGAGAACCUGGGAUGGAAGGUCUUCCAGGAGAUAUAGGGCAAUCUGGACAGCCAGGCCUUCCAGGUCCACAAGGUCCUUUGGGUCUUCCAGGGAAACAUGGGAUGCCUGGUCUAAAGGGAGAUAAUGGCCCACAAGGACCUCCAGGCUUGCCGGGGCUUAGAGGCGAUCAGGGUCCCAGUGGGCUCGCAGGAAAGCCUGGCUUCCCAGGGGACAAGGGCCCUCCUGGUCUCAACGGGGCCACAGGCAAACCUGGACCUAAAGGUGAAUCGGGUCACAUCGGUCUGCCAGGUAAUCCUGGUUUGAUUGGGGGACCAGGUCCAAAAGGCGAGAAUGGUUUUCCAGGCCCCCCUGGGCAACGUGGCAAUUCAGGGAUUCCUGGACUCCCAGGCCCCACUGGUCAUAUGGGACCUCAGGGUGUUCCAGGGUUGAAAGGUGAACAAGGUCCACCAGGGCCCCAAGGAAUUGGAAAACCUGGAGACAAGGGGAUGUCUGGUCCACAGGGACCUCCAGGAAAACCUGGCUCCCCUGGACUUACUGGUAUGCAGGGCCCUCCGGGUCCACCUGGACCUCCUGGCCCCCCCAGCCCCUCUAACGGUGAUCAGUUGGCAGUUCAAGGGCCAACUAUUUUAGGAGAAUCCAUUUCAAAACCAAAUGGUGAGAAGCCGCAUUAUGGUAAGGCCGAGCUCUCUGCCUCCGUGGCUCCUGCUUUUACCGCCAUUUUGACAACACCAUUUCCACCAUCUGGAAUGCCAAUCAAAUUCGACAGAACUCUGUACAACGGGCAAAAUGCUUACAACCCUGCCACAGGCAUCUUCACAAGCCCACUGCCUGGAGUCUACUAUUUUGCUUAUCAUGUACAUGUAAAGGGAACCAGCCUGUGGGUGGCACUGUAUAAAAACAAUGUGCCAGCUACAUACACCUAUGAUGAAUACAAAAAGGGCUAUAUGGACCAGGCUUCAGGUAGUGCGGUACUGGAGCUGAAGGAGAAUGACCAGGUUUGGGUGCAAAUGCCCUCUGACCAAGCAAACGGGCUCUACUCCACUGAGUACAUCCAUUCGUCCUUCUCAGGGUUCCUCCUGUGCCCCACAUAACGGUCCGUCUCAGCGGAGAAUUGCUUGCUCAAGUGCCCUGCAGUAACAUCUGUAAUAACAGCAAAGAAGAUGACAAGAAAGACUUACUGAACGACGGAAAGGCUGAGUUUCGAAGCAGAGGAAGGAGAAUUCAUGCUGUCUCUGUUUUAACCCUCUCUUUCAAAUAUCUGAUUUGAUCAUUGUUUUACUUUUAAGUGUUUUUAUUUCCUGCCUAUAUGAUAAUUUUAUUAUAACUGUUAUGCUAUUUUUGUUGAUGUUGAUAUAAUGGUGUUAUUUUAUUGAUGUUGUUGUAGUUGUUGUGUAUCGCAAUCAGACUAUUAAGUACUUUGCAAUGUGUAGGUAACCAUUUAAAGACUUACCCGUGUGACUGCACACAUUGCCGAAUGUUCUGACUCCCAUUGAUCUCCAUCACGUUGACUCUGGGGUUGUAUGUUCCCCUAGUUGCAGUCAAAUUCACCUAUAUCUUUUCCUUAAUAUAACACAGGCUACUUGAUUUGUGCCACAUUGCAGAUUUUAGAAUGCAGACAUUCUAUACAACAUUGUUAUUGUAUUUGUAUGUUUAAAUACAUUCGUAAUUUAAAGAAUAAUCCUCAGUUCCAUAUUGUUUUUUUUUUCUUUUAAAUGCCAGACAGGUAAUUAUCUAUCUGCGUUAGUCAUUAGGUAUAUAUGUUUUGUUUGAUUAACUGUUAAAGCAAAAAUGAUGUGCUAAUCUGUCUGUUUCUGUGACAACUACGUUGUGUUUGAGAGUCUUUGAGAAGAAAAUUACUUGAUUUACUGAGUUCAUUGCUCAAAACAUGCCAAGUUUGAAUCAUGAAGGCCUCAAGAGGACGGCUGUAUGACAGUGCCUGCAUUACAAGAAAACAAAACAAAAACAAAUGGAAUUUCUGUGACACUAAUUUCAUACUUUAAAAAUCAUGACAUGUCAAAGCUAAUACAUAAUGAAUAGCUUCUCAUCAAAAUCUUAGGAUAGCCUACAUUGGUGAGUAAGGGACUACUAAUAGAUUGAGAGUAUGAAAAUAUAAUUCUGACUUUUUUUGUUGUUGUAAUAAAUCAAUUCUCCACCACAAAUCCAAACUACUGCGUUGUGUACUCUAAAGGUUUUACAUCCUAUGACUCUUUUUCUCAUUGCUGCUUUUACAAUGACACAUUUGACUGAUUGUUUUGUAUCACAUUCAUUUUCCCAUUGAUUGGACUGAUGACUUGUAAUGUCACAGUCAUGAUUGACUCUAUAUGCGUUAAUGCAUGUCCUAAGAUGAUACAUUUAUGAAGUUACAUGAUUUGGAUACAUCACACUGUGAUAGCACUGCUCCUGUGGUGUUUAUGAAAGGUUACAAACAAAGAAAUUGUUUCUUGCACAUUUACUGAAGUGACUGAAAAAAGUCCCUCUUGAAAGAAAUUCUCUUGCUUCUGUUUGUUUGACCAAUAUGUAGGAUGAUGAAACCUGAAACACUAAAGGAGUGUCUACUUAAACGCACUCACUCACUCAACUUGUCCUUUUCCGUACACGGUUACAUGACAUUUGUUUCUUCAAAUGGAAAUUAUUCACUUUCGAAUGACGUUUUGGCACCAGAUCUUUCCUAUUUCAGCAUGUAUUUGAUGACCUUUUUAUUGUACAGUAUAUUAACACUGUGACCAUUAUUUUCUAUGAUGAGUGUAUAUUGUUUGUGUGCAAUGGAUUGAAGAUUUAAAACAUUUGUUGUGCUGCAAAAUCUCAAAUCUGCUUAGACUAUGUGGCUUACUUUUGUCGUUCAAACUAAGCAAACUAGGAAAAAAGCCUUGAUUCUGUUCCACGGGAUAUUUGUUCAUUAUCAAUCAAAUUAAAAGAAACAACCAAUCCCAUUUGCACAUGAACUUAAUGAAGGCAUAUUUAUACAUUUGUGAUAGAUGUCCAAGCACCGAAACCGUGAACGUACAAAUAACCUUAUAUUGAACAGCAUCGAGGAGUUUGUAAUACACACUACCAUUGUUUUUCUUUCUUUUAUAAUGUAUCUAUCAAUCUAUAGGAAUUUUUGUCUUAUUGCAUUCACUUUAUGCAAUCCAUUUUGGGUAUUAAAUGCACUCUUUGAUUGAACAUAUUUUGUCAGCUCGUACAAAAUCUACAAGUACUUGACAGUACAGAUGCAACAUCAAUAAAGACUUUCUUGAUCAA